GUAGAGCCGCGAAUCAGCGGUAAAGAUGCGGAAGAGGUGAUUAGAUCAAUGGGGUUUGAUAAACACCUUCGGGUGGAUGCUAUUGGUUUUUCUGGAGGGAUUUGGGUCUUGUGGAAGGGGGCUGUUUUUUCAAUUAUCGAGUUAGACCGCGACUCACAAUUUCUUCAUUUUACCUGUACAGGACCGAACAAUGUCUCUGUUAUCCUGACUGCAAUCUAUGCUAAGCCCAAUGACCACGAUCGUACCCCUCUCUGGGCGGCAAUUCGGCGGCUUGAACAGAACAUUACUCAACCAUGGUUGCUUGCGGGUGAUUUCAACUCUAUCACUUGCCCAUCCGAACGAAAUGGUGGAGCGAAAUUCAAUCCCCAUAAGACCCUCAACUUCAAUGACUGCAUCAGAGACUGCGCACUGGUGGACGUGGGGUUCAACGGGCCGAAAUUUACUUGGAGCAACGGGAAGCUUUCUCAACCUCUAGACAGGGCUUUGUGUAACCAAGAGUGGAUACGGCGGUUUCCGGACACCUUGGCCAAUCACCUUCCUAAACUUCGUUCUGAUCAUAGACCUAUCUUUAUUCAAAGCAAUAACAACCAUGUUCCAUCGCGCCAGGUGAGACCUUUCCGAUUUCUCGUGCCAUGGCUUACUCAUAAAGACUUCUUGCCCACUCUUGAAGCUUCAUGGCACCGAGGAAGGGACUGCCUUUUGUCUUUGCAGGAACUCCAAGGUCACCUCACUCGCUGGAACAAGGAGGUUUUCGGUAACAUAUUCUUGAGGAAGGCUAAACUGUCAGCUAAGCUUGCUCGCCUAGAAAUCCAAAAUGAGAAUUCAGCAACGGAAGCCUCACUGCGGAGAGAAGGGCAGGCCCGUGAAGAGCUGGAACAGACGCUGUGGCAGGAAGAACUUCUGUGGCUCCAAAAAGCUAGAAACAACCAUAUUUUGAAUGGUGACAGGAAUACCCGGUACUUCCACACUGCUGCCCUCACCAGACGAAGGAAAAACAGAAUCACUAAGCUACAAACAGCAGAUGGGAUAUGGGUGGAUGAUCCGGAUGAACUUAGAUCCAUGGCACGUGAUUUCUAUGUGGAACUGUUUACGGAUGAUUGUGGGGGACAGCAGCAAAUUCCAGCCUGUUUCAAUGCGCUUACAGAAACAAUGACAGCUCACAUGGCGGAUAUUCCAACUCUAGAGGAAACCCACAAAGUUAUCAAGGAAAUGGGAGGGCUGAAAGCACCAGGGAAGGAUGGUUUUCAUGCUGCUUUUUACCAAAAAUGUUGGAAUAAUAUAGGAGCAGAUUUCUAUGAUCAUUUGAUUGCUUGUUUCAGGAACCCGGAUCGGAUUAGGCUGUGCAACGACACUCUUCUAGUGCUGCUUCCCAAGGUGGAUCUUCCGAAGCAGAUAGCUCAGUUUCGGCCCAUCGGACUCUGCAAUGUGAGCUAUAAAGCUCUGGCAAAAUGCCUAGCUAAUAGACUCAAAGAGUUCAUGCCGCAACUGGUUGAUCAGAAUCAGUCAAGCUUCGUUCCUAAGAGGCACAUCACAGACAACAUAAUCAUCCUUCAGGAAGUGGUGCACUCGCUAUCCCUCAAAACCGGAGCUAAAGGAAGCAUGAUCUUGAAGAUUGACCUCGCCAAAGCGUACGACAGGAUAAAUUGGAAAUUCCUCGAGUCAACACUUAUGGCGGCUGGGAUCCCUGAUGAUUUUGUCAAACUGGUCAUGGCUUGUGUGACUACUGCCCGUUUCCAGGUGUUGUGGAAUGGCGGUUGCACGGAAUCCUUUCAGCCGACGAGGGGACUUCGGCAGGGAUGUCCUCUUUCCCCAUAUCUUUUUACUUUAUGCAUUGAGAGACUUAACCAUUGCAUUAAGGAGUCUAUAGACAGGAAAGCUUGGAAAUCAAUUACUUUGUCUAAGGAUGGACCACCGCUCACCCACUUAUUUUUUGCAGAUGACCUAGUACUCUUUGCAGAGGCGGAUCAGAAGCAAGGGGAAGAAAUUUUAGCCUGUCUUGAUCGUUUCUGUGGGGCGUCCGGGGAACGGGUCAAUAAGGAUAAGUCUUGUGUCUUUUUCUCCAAGAACACCAAGGACCAAGUAAAGACUAGGAUCAGUGACACGUUGGGAAUCCAACAAACCAACAAUCUUGGUCGAUACUUGGGCGUCCCAGUGAUUCACGGCAGAGUUACCAAGGACACAUACAAAUACAUCUUGGAGAAGAUUGAUAAGCGUCUAUCGGGUUGGAAAGCUAGAAGCCUCUCCUUGGCUGGACGUGUUACAUUGGCUGUCUCAGUCCUGAACGCGCUCCCCAACUAUGUAAUGCAGACGGCGGUUCUUCCCAUAUCGGUGUGUGAUACCAUUGAUAGAAAAGUCCGGGCUUUUGUCUGGGGAGCAGAGGAAGGUCGGGGCAAGGCUCACUUGGUCAAGUGGGAAACCAUCUGCAAACCGAAGGAAGAAGGAGGUCUCGGGCUUCGUUCUGCUAGAGCGCUUAAUCUUGCAUACUUGAUGAAGUUAGGCUGGGCUUUCUUGAAUAAAUCAGAUGACCUGUGGAUUCGUGUGAUGCAAGGGAAAUAUUUUAAGCUGAAUGAUAAUGGGGACAUGGUCAUGAAGAAGAGCAAUUUCUCGAGACUGUGGAAGGGAAUUGUGGAGACCUGGCCAAUUGUUAAAGAACGUGUUGUGUGGGAUAUCCGAGCGGGUCGUAAUAUCCACUUUUGGACUGACCCAUGGCUGGCGGAGGGCAUUAUCUUGCGGGAUCAUACUACCAAUGGAGAGGAGGGUAUCAAUUGGCAUGCUUCAGUGGCAGACAUGACCACUAAUCAAGGUGAGUGGAAUUGGGAGAAAAUCAAACCUUAUUUGACACAACACUUAAUUUCUCUGGUUGCAGGUACGGAUCCUCCGAUCGCCGACUCCGGUGAAGAUAUCACGACAUGGGGAAUGGAGCCUGACGGCAAAUUCAAGCUUCGUUCUGCAUAUAUUGCGGCUGCCGACUGGAUUGGUGAUACUGAGCUCAGCGCAGAGGAUGAAACUCCUCAACCACACUGGAAGCGACUGUGGAAAUGGACGGGACCGAACCGCAUUAAGCAUUUCUUAUGGCUGGUUUUCCAUGACAGGCUGAUGACGAACGCAGAACGGGAAAGAAGGAAGCUGACGAAUGACGAUACCUGCAGCUUGUGCAAAAGCGGGCCAGAAACUACCGAGCAUAUCUUGCGACUCUGUCCCAGCUCACAACAGGUAUGGCGUAGGUUGGGAAUAAAUGACACUCUACUAACCUGCGGCCUUGGUUUUACAGCCUGGCUAGAGUCACAUCUCGGGAAUGAGAAGGAGGGACUCCUCUUCGGUGUGGCGGCUUGGUAUCUCUGGAAGCGGCGUAACGAGAAGACCUUCCACAACCUUUCUCAAGAGGAUCACGUUCUGGCGCAUCGGAUCGGAUGCUGGACCAAUACCAUACGGAAUGCUCACCUGAAUGAUGAGGCAUCACAGGAGCAGCCCAGUACGAAGACAACCAAACAGCUUGCUUGGAACCCGCCCCCGGUGGAUUGGAUGAGCAUUCACACUGACGGCUCGGUCAAGCAACCAGGAUCACUUGCAGCGGCGGGAGGGUUGAUUCGAGACUGGACUGGACGUUGUGUCGAAGCUUUUGUGGAAAAUCUGGGUGUGUGCACUAUCACUAGAGCAGAGAUCAUGGCGGCAAUUCGUGGAUUGCAGGUGGCGUGGAGGAAGGGAUUUCGCAAGGUCCAACUCAAUUUGGACUCUACCACCGCUAUCAGUGUCCUCACCUCCUCUGAUCAAACAGAACAAAGAUAUUUCAAUCUGGUUCAACAGUUCAAGGGGCUUCUUCAUCAAAACUGGGAAGUUAGAAUUUCCCACACUUACAGAGAAUGCAACAAGCCUGCGGAUUAUUUGGCCAGUAGGGGCCACCUUGUAAGCAUAGGUUUCCAUGAUUUCAGGGUCAAUGAUCCGGGUUUAGCUUUCUGGCUUCUGUAUGACACCAUGGGCAUUGCCCAAACCCGUUUAAUUUAAGUAGCAGGCAGGGGCGCCCUUUUAGCGUCCCAUCUUUUUACCAAAAAAAAAAAAUAUUGAAAAUUGAACUCAUUUUGUAGAGCACGAUGAACUCGUUCCACCUGUGCAAAAAAAAUUAAAAUCCGAGUUAAAUACGAAAAAGAUAUGAGCCGAUUAAGAAAGUUAGGGAAAAUAAAAAUGGUCUUUAAUUCUCCAUCCUUAGUUCUGGAUUUUCUAAAUGAAGGGUUCAGAUUUUG